AUGGACCUCCCGGUUUAUAGUUCAAGCCAGCCUUCGUUAUGUGCCCUGCCCGUGGAGCUCAUCCAAGCCAUUCUUUGCAAUCUUCCAGAUCUCGAGUCCCUUAAAUCGGCCCAAUUGACGCAUUCUGCGCUAUACUUUGCCUUCAUUGGCGCUGAAAGCCACAUCUUGAAGCAGAUAUUAGCGCAAAAGAUUCCACCGGCGCUCUUCCCAGAUGCCUUCUUCGCCUUCGACGCAUCCACUGUGGAGGGCGUGUGGACGCAGGAUGAAGUGCACUCCAUCAUCUACCGGCAUCGGACCCGCGCAAUCUCUUCAUCAUUCCGUCUAAACCCCCAGUCUGCUUUCAAAAUCACUAAAUUAUAUCGCUGGGUCCGAUAUUUCACCAGGCACUUUCUCAGGCAGGCAAUAUCCGACCCAAUGCAGGGGAGAACCCACCCGCCUAUGCCUUUAUAUCAACCAACAUCCUCAGAGAAGUGUCGAGUAGCAAGGGCGCUCUACCGUUUCGAGACCCAUCGCCAUCUUUUUAGGAUGCGUGAGCCGUAUGCGAACUAUUCCAAGUGUUCACCGGACUUCCUGAUAAGUGACCAAUGGGGUUACUAUUUCCGUCACUUCCCCGCGUGGGAACUUGAGCAGAUACUGUCAGUCAGUGAGUAUCUCUUUCGGAGUGUGGCCAUCUGUUUGCGGCCAUUCGCAGAGAAUAGGACUUGGACCACCGAGGGUAUCUGGUAUUAUUCCAGCAAUGCCUACCUAAUGACAGACCCAUCGCCUGUAGGGACUCUACUAUGCCACGGCCUGCGGUAUAUUGGGGACCUCGUCACAGCUCAAACAUUUGACCAGCAUAACCUACUCGCCAACGAAUUGUUUGGCAAGCCUUUCAUGUCUUCGCUACCCGACAUAUUCAGGGCUAUCUGGGAGUCUCAGAAUGUAUUCCACGCUUAUCCAUCACUUACAUGCGAAGUCGAGGGGCAAACUAUCGAUUGGCAAGAUACAGGGUAUGUCGGAUCCGAUCCGGGCCCAGCUAAGGCAUGGCAUACGAUUAUGGCCCCAACAAACUUGAAUGGAGGCGUAUCUAGGCAAGUUGGCCAUCAUUCUAUGUGUGAGCUCCGUCGACAGGGCUAUGUGUUCUGGGAUCAGGUUCGUAUCAAGGAAUGGGGCCUCAGCAGCAACACCAUCGAUAUCCCUCUUUAUUGGCCCAAUUGGCAGCAGGAGCUACACCUUAGAACGGCUAGCGCCUUGUGCAGGCGGCCACACUUGUAUUAUAAUGCAGGCGUGGGUAGCUGGUGGUACCCAAGAGAAAUAGCCCACCUUCCUGUCGUCCGAUUGCCUCCGGGAGAGUAG